AACGAGGCGUCCCUCUGACAUAGUGGUACAAUUGAGCGUAUAAAAAUGUGUUCCCCUCAACAACUUUUGGACUGCAGAGCAAAAAUAACUACUGGAGAUGACGACCUACCGCUUGGAAUACGGACAUUGUUUAAAAUACUAGUGGGUUAUAACAGAAAUGGCCUGCAUUCACCCCCCGCAUGGAGUUCAGCCUUAUGAUAACAGCCUCUACAACUCAGAGUCUCUGAGCCUGGACCUUACCUGCAGGUUAGCCAUGGACGUGAGUAGCCAGAUGGACCAGCUCUCUGCCGCCUCCCUGCCUAGCAUCAACUCCCUGGUGGGCACCUACACUGGCGAGUUUGAUGCUUCCUCCUGUCAGAUCACCACAGCUCCUACAACCUCUAGCACAGACUCUGUCCAUGAAUCGCCCUUCAAGAAGGAUGACUUCCAGAUUUACGGCUGCUACCCUGGCAGCUUUGCCCUGAGCUACUUUGACGAAGCCCUGUCUUCUGGUGGCUCUGAAUGUUUCGGCAGCCCGGCGUCAGUCCAGUCUCCCUCUAGCCCAGGCUUCCAGCCUGCAUCGGCUUGGGCCUCGGCCUCCGCCCCCUACUCUCCCAGCCUGGACUGCUGGGUGGCCGAUAAGACUGCAUUAGUACAGACAUCCUCUUUCUUCACCUAUGGACCCGGCUCAGUAGAGGAUCUGUCUCCUCUGGACCAGCCCCAGCCCCAGCUGGCUGAUCAAGGCCACUUCUCUCUGAGUCAGGAGCAGCACCCCUCCCUGCUUUCUUUCUCCCCUCUAACCCUGGAGCCAGGCACCCUAGAUGACUCUGGCUUCAUGGAAGGUAGCAUGUCGCUGAAACCAAACAGCCCUACUGGAAAUGAGGGUCGCUGUGCUGUCUGUGGGGACAACGCCUCCUGUCAGCACUAUGGGGUUCGUACCUGUGAGGGCUGCAAAGGUUUUUUCAAGCGUACUGUACAGAAAAAAGCCAAAUAUGUGUGUCUUGCCAACAAGGACUGUCCGGUGGACAAGCGGCGACGGAAUCGCUGUCAAUUCUGUCGUUUUCAGAAGUGCCUGGCAGAAGGCAUGAUGAAAGAAGUUGUGAGAACAGAUAGCUUAAAAGGUCGAAGAGGUCGUCUGCCCUCCAAGCCAAAAGCAGCCCAGGACCUAUCUUCUGCUGAGUCUCCAGUUAAUAUUAUUGCCUCUCUUGUGAGGGCACACAUUGACUCAAACCCUAGUGUUGGGAAACUGGACUACUCUAAGUACCAGGAGACUGUGGCCAGUCUGUCAGAGGAAGUGGACGUUGGUGACGUCAAACAGUUCUACAACCUCCUCACAGCAUCCAUGGACGUGAUUAGCAAGUGGGCUGAGAGCAUCCCUGGGUUCACUGCCUUCUGCUCUGAGGACCAGGAGCUGCUACUGGAGUCAGCCUUCAUGGAACUGUUCAUCUUGCGACUAGCAUACAGGAUCAACCCUGAGACACACAAGCUGAUAUUCUGCAAUGGAGUGGUGCUUCACCGGAUGCAGUGUGUACGGGGCUUCGGUGACUGGAUAGACUCCAUCAUGGACUUCUCCCAGAGCCUCCACCGCAUGAACUUGGACAUGUCGUCCUUCUCCUGCCUCACAACCCUGGUCAUAAUCACUGACCGCCACGGACUGAAGGAGCCCAAGCGGGUGGAGGAGUUCCAGAACCAGCUCAUCACCUGUCUCAGAGAUCACGUCUCGAGCUGCGCCUCGGACUCCACUCGGCCCAACUACCUGUCCCGCCUCCUGGGAAAACUGCCCGAGCUACGGACUCUCUGCACCCAGGGCCUGCAGCGCAUCUUCUAUCUUAAGCUUGAGGACUUGGUCAUACCACCCCCCAUAGUGGACAAAAUUUUCAUGGAAACUCUGCCUUUCUGAGAGUGAGAAAAGACUAUACAGAGUGUGCUAGAGUCGAUAAAUGAUGAAGUGAUCUCCCUGUUGGAUUAGGGACAAACAAAUGAAACUCUUAAAGACUGACAUAAAAGUGCUGAAUAAUACUUUAAAAGCUCUGAAGCUAUAUCGCACUUGAGGAAAACAGGACCUCUUGUACAUUAGCAAUGGCCAUAGUAUGGUGCUAAAAGGAUAAUUAACUUCUUUAUAAUUUCAGUAAUAGUUUUAAUGCAGUAUUUCAGAUGUAUGGCUUUGAGUGUGCACUAAUUACUUAUACUGGAGUGAAAAACAGACAGGCCAUGGACCAAAAGCAGACUGCCAUAAGUUAAGUAAACAAAGUUAGAUUUUGAUGAACAUGCGUUAGUGCACUUUAAAAAUAGGCCUGUGAAAUGUAAUGACUGAUACUAAGGACUGCAUCAUCUUGCUUCGUAUAUACGUUAUGCCUUAGCUAGAUGGUGUUUUUGAGAUUCAGGUUCAAGAUUUUACUACUAUCAUGGUGUUAUAGCGUAGCCACAAUGACUCCACUGCAGCAUUGUGACUGAAAUAUGUUACAAUCAUAAGGUUAAAUAAAGGUUAAAUAAAUAAAAUAAGGACAUUUGAGAAGGGUACCUGAUCUUGUUGAGAACUACCAGUUGCAGAUAGUGAUGAUUAUGCUUUCAGUGAUGUUGGGUAAAUAUCACUGAAAUAUGGCAGCUAUGAUUGAGCAGCCAGAACAAAUAUUACAACUUAAUUGUGUUUUUUGCAUCUAUGAAUGUUUCACACUGAGUGUACAAAACAUUAGGAACACCUACCUAAUAUUGAAUAACCCUCAGAACAGCCUAAACUCGUCGGAGCAUGGACUCUACGUGUUGGAAGUGAUCCAGAGGGAUGCAUGUUGACUUAAUCUUCCCACAGUUGUGUCAAGUUGACUGAAUGUCCUUUGGGUGGUGGACCAUUCUUGAUACACAUGGGAAACUGUUGAGUGUGAGAAACCCAGCAGAGUUUUUUUGUUGGAUCAUUUUAUUUUUAUUUCACAUUAUACAAUGCGCAGGAUCACGUUACAAAUAUUAACUGACAUGACAACACUAACAAACAUACAAAACUAUUUACAUACUGGUCAAGAGUACAUUUUGAGGACACAAUGAAAUUUACCAAAAAAUAUUUAUGUUCUCAAAAAGAAUGUCACCCCCCCCUCUUUCUUACCAUGUAGGUCCACUGCUUGGUCAAGAGUUGUUGAUAUCUGAUAAGAGUUUUACAUAAUACAUCCCAUGCCUCAACUGAGUUUGCCUGAGCUUUGUUUAUCACGGCCACUGAUCGCUCUAUACAAAGAAUAUCUUGAAAAUAUGAUAACCAUGUUUGAGGUGAGAGGAUUGUAGGGGUAAUCCAAGCACUAAUGAUAACCUUUUUUGCUGCUGUUAACCCUCCAUAAAUGAUUAUUUUCUGAACCAGUUGCAGUACAAAUGAAGAGUCAUCAUUCAACAAAAAUAAAGGUGUAUCUUUGUUCACAAAGAAACCCAUCAUUUUUGUGAGGAAAUCUGAAACGUGACCUGAACUGGGACACCACAGAAUAUUCCCAAAUCAUGUGACCAGAACUGGGACACCAUAGGACAUUCCCAAAUCAUGUGCAAUAGUGUUCCAACAGCAUUCAUAUGGCAUCUAUCGCAUAUUGGAGUAGGAAUCAGCUUCACCUUAAAAUGUCUAAAUGGGGUUGCAUAACUUGUACGUACGUAUAAGCUAAUAAUGUGUAAGCUGGUGUGCUGGGUUUUUAGAGGUAACAAAUACAUUUCCCCAAAUGGUAUCCCAGUUCAGGUCGUGCCCCAACCCCUCCAUUUCAGUUGCAGUUCUUAACGCACUCAAACCGGUGGGCCUGGCACCUACUACCAUACCAGUUUAAAAAGGCACUUCAAUCUUUUGUCUCGCCCAUUCACCAUCUGAAUAGCACACAUACACAAUCCAUGUCUCAAGGCUUAAAAAUCCUUCUUUAACCUGUCUCCUCCCCUUCAUCUACACUGAUUGUUGACUCUUGAUUUAACAGGUGACAUCAAGAAGGGAUCAUAGCUUUCCCCUGAUAAUAGCUUUCCCCUGAUCAGUCUGAUGGACAGAGUGUUCCUCAGUGUACAUCGCUUAUUGUGUAAAUUCGGACUAUUUUUGUGCAAUACAUGACUAUGAAUGUGUUUAAAUUAGCAUGGGAUACUUAAAGCCACAAUCUGCAAGAUGGGCAUACCAUCUAAGAAUGGGCCCAUCAACAAAAUAUUGAGAAAAUGCAUUCCAUGACAUUUCCAGAUGCAAAUAGCACUUGAAUUAUAUGAUUAUAUUGGUCAAGGAAUGAGAAACAUGAUUUAAAGGUAUUGUACAUCAUUUGUUUAGUUUCCUUUGAAGGAUUUUUUUAUUUUACAAAAUUGAGUAAUAGGUCGUUAGUUAUGAUAAAAUGAGUCAUAUGAUAAGUCAUUUGUCCAAAUCAAAAGGAUUACAGUUUUUCCUUAGUUGAAUUGCUGGAAAUCGUAUAGUCUGUGGCUUUAACGUUCUAUGUAUUUUGACAAAUCUAAUUUAGUUCCGGGCAUUGCAUUACAUAUUUAAUUUUUACAUAUAUUUUU